UUGUGUAGUAUUGCGUUGGUUAAUUUGGCUUCGCUUCACUCAUCAAAAUGUCUAAGAAAAUAGAGGUAAAAGUGAACAUGCAUGAUCAAAAGUGUAAGACGAAAGUUCUAAAAGCUGUGACGAAGCUAACAGGCAUCAAUGAAGUAUCCGUGGAUCUAGCAAAACAGAUGGUUGUUGUAAUUGGAGAUGUUGACCCAGUGUGUGUUGUAUGUCGGAUUAGAAAAAUUGAUAAAACAGCAAAAAUUAUGUUGGUUCUACCAUGGUCUAUGGAUAUUCUCAACCAUAUGGAGGUAGAGGUUGCUUCUUUUUCUAAAAUGAAAUAUGAAGUCCCUUUGAUUGAUUACUUUUCCAUGGAGAACAUAAAAAAAGUUGUUUGCAUCCCUGGACUUAUUAGUAUUGUGUAAUUUGUAAUUAUUUAAAUGAUAUCAAAUAAAAGUU